AUGGGCAGGGAGGUGUGGGUUCCUGUGCUGGGGCUGCUGGCCUGGCUGUGCUGCCUCACGCUGAGGCCCGUUCAGGGGGGGAAGGUGCUGGCGAUGCCCGUGGAUGGAAGCCACUGGCUCAGCAUGAAGCUGCUGGUGAAGGAGCUCUCCCUCAGAGGCCAUGAGGUGAUCGUCCUGGUGCCUGAGACCAGCAUGCUGAUCCACGGCUCAGAUGACUUCCAGACCAAGAUCUUCAAAGUGCCCUUCACCAAGGCCAAGCUGGACGAGAACUUGGGUCUUCUCAGGGAUGGAGUAUUCGUCAAGACACCCCUUAUCAAAGAUAUUUUUGUGAAUAUGGAUCGGCUGAUAAACUUCACUUCCUUCCAGGUGAUAUCUUGCAAUAGUCUGCUGCACAACCGGCCGCUCAUGAGCCAACUCCGGGCAGAAAACUACGACCUUGUGCUCACGGACCCCUUCCUGCCCUGUGGCCCCGUCCUGGCAAAAGACUUCUCAAUCCCGGCUGUUUACUUCCUGCGUGGGCUUCCUUGUGAGCUGGACGUGAAGGCUGCCCAGUGCCCAUCACCUCCGUCCUUCAUCCUGUUUUACUCUGACAACACGGACGUCAUGACCUUCCCACAGAGAGUCAAGAACAUGCUGAUGUACAUAGUGCACUCUUACGUGUGCCGUGUGACCUACGCACACUUCGAUGAGCUGGUCAGCACAUAUUUGAAAAAUGACAUGACCUAUAAGGAUCUCAUUGGCGAGGGUGCUAUCUGGCUUCUAAGAUACGACUUCACGUUUGAAUGGCCCAGACCUCUCAUGCCUAACAUGAUCCUUAUUGGAGGGAUCAACUGUGCAAAGACAGCUCCUCUGCCACCGGACUUGAAGGAGUUUGUGGACGGCUCAGGUGACCACGGCUUUGUCGUUUUCACGCUGGGCUCUUUUGUGUCCCACAUGCCUGAGGAGAAAGCCAAACUCUUCUUUGAUGCAUUUAGGCGAAUUCCUCAGCGGGUUGUGUGGAGGUACACUGGAGCUUUACCUAAAGAUGUACCCGAGAAUGUCAAAGUGAUGAAGUGGCUCCCUCAGAACGAUCUCCUCGGCCACCCCAAGGUUAAAGCCUUUAUCACUCAUGGAGGCACCCAUGGCAUCUACGAGGCCAUCUGUAACGCAGUGCCCAUGCUGAUGAUACCGCUGUUUGGGGACCAGAGGGAUAACGUAAUCCGCAUGGUGGCCCGUGGCGUGGCCGAGACCAUCAACGUGUUUGACAUGACCACUGAGAAUUUACUGGAGACGCUCAAUAAGGUCAUCAGUGACAAAAGUUACAAAGAGAAGAUGACGAAGCUGUCUGCGAUCCACCUGGACCGGCCCGUCAAACCGCUGGACCUGGCUGUGUACUGGACCGAGUUUGUGAUGAGGCACAAAGGAGCCUCGCACCUGAGGCCGGCAGCGCACCACCUGAACUGGAUCCAGUACCACAGCCUGGACGUCAUCGGCUUCCUCGCUGUUAUCCUUCUAACCGUAACGUGGUUGACGCUGAGCUGCUGCUUGUUCUGUGCCCGCAAGUGCUGCAGGAGGGCAAGGCCAAAGGGCAAGCAGGAGUAGUGAUCUGAAAGUGGGGUUUUGUAAAUUGCUGUGAUUUGUGUGUGUGUGUGUGUGUGUGUGGGUGGGUGGGUGUGGGUGUGGUGAGUGUGUGUAUGUAGAAUCUAAUGUCUACAAUCACUACAUUGUCUUAACACAAGGAAAACAUGCUUCAUGCAAUAAUGCAACAACAAACUGUGGUUAAUUCCAAGCAAACAAUAUUAGAUUUUUUUAAUAAAUUAAAGUGCCACACUAAUUUAUUAUAAUGUUUUUAUGCCAGUUUGCACUGACAUACUUGUAAUGACAAAUUCUUGUAUUGAGCACCGUUGAACUUCUUCCUCACUUUGCAGUUGACAUUUCUGCGGUGGGUGGAGCCGUGCCAAUGUUGUAGGGAAAACAGUUUUAUUGGAUCUGGCUCAAAAACCAAGAUCACAGUUCAUUUUGGUCAGUAAAUGGGGAAGAAUAUGAUCUCUCAUAUUGUGGAGUGUUUUCAUUGUGUUUUUUAAGCGAUGAUGCUUUUACCCUUGGUCCAACAGAUUUUAUAGGCUGCACUGAUUUUCCUUAAUAACAGGCUUUCAAGUGAUAAAACACAAUCUUAUUAAGUUCUGUAUAAUGAGCACAGUCUGAAACGUAGACUACGCAUUGUGUAAACAAAUUAUCUAACAGCCACCUCCACCCUCCACCACAAAUUAAUUGAACAUGCCAUUUCCACCUCUUCAUCAUGUGAAAUAUUUAUCUACCAAUUAACUGCAGACAGCCUAAAACAACUUUGGUUAAGGUUAUGGUCACGCUCGGGCAAUUUCAGAAAAUCAGGCUGUGAUAUCACCUCCUGCGGAGGCCAUGUUGGAGGUCCACAGCUCUCUGUGAUAAUUACUGGGAACAGUGGAUUGCUUUUCUAAAGUCAUGAGUUGGUGUUUCAAUAGAGG